CUUCCUCUGAAACAGCGAAUAAAAACAGAAGAGAAAGCUGUGUAUUGCACAAUACGCUCACAGUGGGUUCACAAACAACUUUAGGAUCUGUAGUGCUGGCAGCACACAGUGAGUUUACCUGACUGAGCCGGGGACAGAGCACGAUUGCUCCCGGACUGACAGAGCAGAACAGAAGGAUGAGCUCACUACGCAGACAACUGAGUCAGCUGCUGGCAGUAUGGAGCUGGAGGAGGAGGCUGGAUGUUUCCCUUUACCAAGCCCCUGGGUUUCACUUCAGGACCUUCUGCUCAACCACUUCAGAACCAGACCCUAUCCAGAUCCACAAGAGGAAGCUCUUCUUGUGGUUCAGCCACCUUCCUCAGGAGGAAAAACAGUUCGGAGGUUACUUCAGUCCAGAGACCAUGCAUGUGGAUCCACUAAUCCUGGAAAGAAAAGAUGAGGAGAGGGCAGGACUCCUAAGCGCCCCUCCCCAAACCCUGACAAUCACUAGUCACUCUGUGACAGUGGAACAGCUAUUUGAGCCCACUGAUGCCUGGAGUGAUGGUAAUGGGGUCAAUGUGCUACUGUACGGGGCUGUGGGAACCGGUAAAAGUACAGUGAUCCGAAAGCUGGUUCUGGAUUGGUGCAGAGGGAAUACCCUGACGCACUUCAAGCUGCUGGUGCCUUUCUCUUGUGAGGACCUCAGCCAACUGUCAAAGGUUGCUUCCUUAAGGGAUCUGGUGAGCAGGAAGUACCUCCACCUGAGAAAACACCCGUUGCUUUCGGGGGAGGGAAAUCAGGCCAAAGAUGUGCUCUUCCUCUUCAAUGGGAUGGAGAAGAUGGACUUAGACUUCCGGAUUGGAUCCACAGAGCUCUGCAGUGAUCCUAAUGAGGUGCUGUCUCCAGAUGUAGUGGUGGUGAACCUGCUGCGGAAGUACCUCCUGCCAGAGGCCAGUAUAUUGGCUACCACCAGACUGUCUGCCCUGGACCGUAUCCCUCAGAAGUAUGUGAGUCGGUAUGCACAGAUUUGUGGCUUCAGUGACCCAGACCGUCAGCGGGCAUACUUCACCAGCCGCCUACUGCAGCAGAGUGGGGAGACUGCACGUGAUCAUGAGGCCCACGCUCUUAUAGAGCUGCUUUACCUCAACCUCCAGAGAGAGAGCCAGUUGGCUGCAGCCUGCUUCUUGCCCUCUUAUUGCUGGCUUACAUGUGCUACCAUGCACUUCCUCCAUUUUACAGAUGCCAAGGCACCAAUCCGCACACUGACUGGCAUAUACACCAGUUUCCUCAGACUCAACUUUGGGGGUGAGGUGCUGGGCACAGGAACAAAGACAAAUGCGACUAUUCAGGAACACCACAACUCUUUGAUGUUGUAUGUAGUCCGUACAGUUGGUAAACUGGCAUUUGAUGGUGUGACGUACAAACGAACAUCAUUCUCAGAGAAUGAACUAGAGCAGUGGAUAGGAGGGAAGACCAAGACGGAUGAGGAGCUACAUCAGUUGGCCAUGUUCCGGACUGAUGUGCUUGACUUCUUCUUGGCUCCUUGUGUAAAAAGAUGUAAGCAUUUACCUGAAGCUCUAAGUGAAGAUGAUCAAAGUUGGUAUGUAUUCGCUGUCCCAGCCAUGCAGGAGUACCUGGCCGCUCUCUAUGUUGUUUUAGGAGAAAACAAAUCAGCUCUGGAGAGGCUGACCAGGCAGAUGUCUCUGACAAUUGGAGAGGCAAGCGAGGACGUCAGCGCCAUCUUCAACAUCGUUUCUAAAUUCAUUCCUAUUCGAAUAUUUGCUGUGUUCAACCUCCUCAAGCUUUUUCCAAAGUUUUAUGAGAAAAUCAGCAGCCACAACAAAGGCAGCAUAGCCAGAACCAUGGCAGCUGAAAUGUUCCGCACCGAGGAUAGCUACAAUGAGGAUGUCCUGGAUCAGAUGGAGCAAAGUCUUUUAGGAGUCCAUGGCCCUCAGCCACAGCAGCACAGUGAAGGCCAGCCUUUUGAACUCUACCCCAUUUUCAUGGGUGGACUUUUGCAUUAUGGUAACCGUGUCCUUCUCCAGCAACUUGGCUGCAGUAUCCAGAGCACCACUGUGGUCCAGAUCACAAAUGCCCUUAGGAAGCACCUUGUGAGGGAGCUCAGCAAACCACAGCCACCAGAGGAGUUGAUGGAUCUGCUCGUUCUUCUGUAUGAGUUUCAAAACCCCAGACUCACAGCAGAGAUUCUGGCCUCAAUCAGAACCAUCCGCCUCGCCAACAUUCGUAUGACAUCACUCAAAUGCUUCAUACUGAGCUCUGUUAUGUCAUGCACCCCUGCAAGUUAUCACCUUGAAGAGCUGGACCUGUCCUCCUGUCUACUGACUCAAGACAUGCUUCAGAUGCUGUGGCCUGCCUUCAGACACACACAUAAUCUCAAUCUGCAGUUUAACACCCUGGGUCCUGAAUCCUGCAUCGUCCUGAGAGAUCUGCUACGAGAUCCGAAGAGCUCUAUUAGAUCUCUACAACUGUGUGACAACCCUCUGCUGGAGUCUGGAGCCUGCAUCCUGCUGGAGGCCCUGCCAGAGAACCAUUCCCUGACACACCUGUCCCUGAUGCAUACUGGGCUGGGGGACCAGGGGGCCCUGGAGCUGGCUGAGAGGCUCCGGGAGCAUAAGGUGCUCCAGGAGCUAAAUGUGGCCUAUAACAACAUUGGAGACAAUGCUGCACUGGCUCUGGCGGAUGCCUGCAGGGAACACCCCAGCAUUCACACUUUACAUGUGUAUCUGAACUCCCUUAGUGAUGCGGGGAAGCAGUCCUUGUAUGUCAGAGGUGUUCCAAGUCACAGCGGCAGUGGCCGGAAAGUCAAGGUCCUAGCUUCAGUCACUGAAGGCUCAGAUAUUUCCGAGGACUGGCACCCCAUCCUCAGUGUGAUACGAAAGAACGCCUCAUCCUGGGACCGCCAACGUGUCAAGCAGCAGCUCCAGGUCUUCCUCAGGGAUCUUGAGUGGGGGCGUCAGCAGCAGCAGAGCCUCUGGAAGAGGUUACACUUCCGUAGGGUGGAGAAGGGGGUCCGACAGACCCUGCAAAUGCUAGAAAAGGACACCCUACAUAAAUCCACUGGAUACAACAAAUAAUCAAUAAAAAAACAAAUAGAGGUGAAAGGGCAAUACAAAUCCUCAGCAGCAUUUUACAUUUAAACCUAUUUACAAACUGACCGCAAGCCCUGGCAUUCAUAUUUUACUGGAACAGUGUCAUUUACACCAUGUUUAAAUCCUAGUAGUCUGCAACUGGGAGUGGCGAUGCUAGCGGAUGUAGCGAUACGAAUGUGCCAUUUGGUGAGAGCUUGUGUGCAUGUUUCCAGUAUGUGCGUGCAAAUGUGAACAAGGUUCCAGAGGACAUUUAGGCUAAAAACACGGUGUAAAUUACACAGUUUUGAGUCAAAUUUGAAUGUCAGGGCUUGGAUGACACCACACGAGCAGUAUGGAGACAUGUUUUAUUUUUUCAGUUUUUUUUAAGUUUGAAUAAUUCAUCACCAGUUACUUCAAUUGUAUUGUAUUUGGCUGCAACACUGUUUACUUCUGAGACCCCUUAAGUGUUAUUUAGACUCAAACACCCAACACUCCAUCGACAUAGUGGUGAGUAGAUAAUGAGUGAAUUUUAAGGUGAACUCUCUCUUUAAAUUCUAUUUUAUUUGUAUAGCGCCAAAUCAUAACAUAACAUUAUCUCAAGGCACUUCACAUUUAAUGAGUUUGGUUAAUCAGAAAACAGCGCUAAAUAUUAAGGUGAUAUUUUUUCCCAGGAAGACAAACAGACAUGAUCCACCCUACUCUGCCUAUGAUUGGCUUACUCUGAUAUACUUAUCCUAACUAACCAAUCACCACUCAUACAAAUCAUACCUAAACCAACAAACCCAACCAGCAAAAGCAACAAAUACUGUGAUGCUUUUGUUGUCCUAGUAAAAAAAAAAGAAAAAAAAAGGCUUGCAGGACACUAUUGAAUUCAAUUUUAUUUUUAUAGUGCCAAAUCAUAAUAUACAUUAUAUCAAGGCACUUUAGAACACACUACUGAUUAAUGUGCGCCAGAGGCGAUUUAGAAAUGGGUAAAGGCUAUGCUGAUUGAAAAAUAAGUGGCUAUGUGCCAUAUACCUACAUAUACCCUGCACUCCACCACUGGUUAUUGGUCAUCCAGGCUUUAAAGUCCUUAAGACAUUCCUGAAGUUUAACUAGGUGAUUGGCUUCAUAGAUAAGUACAUCUGGGUGUCAUCUGCGUAACAAUUUAAGUGUAUGUGUUGCUUUCUAAUAAUGUUGCCUAAAGGAAGUAUAUACACAAAUUGAAAAGUAUCAGUCCAAGGACAGAGCCUUGUGGAACUCCAUGACUAACAUUUUUUGUGCAUUGGAGUCAUUGUUAACAUUAGAAAAAUUGUAGUAUGAUGGUCUCAAAUGUGGCACUAAGAUCCAACAGAACUACCAUAGAGACAGUCCAUUAUCUGAGGCCAUGAAAAUGUCAUUGGUAAAUUUUAAUAGUGCUGUGAUGAAUUCUAAAUCCUAAUUUAAAGUCUUCAAACAAACCACAAUUGUGCAAGAACUUGCAUAACUGUUAGAAACAGAUUUUUCAAGGAUUCUGAAAAUGAAGGGAAGAUUUGAUAUGGGUCUAUAAUUAACUAAACAUCUGGGUCAAGAGUGGGCUUUUUAAGCAGAGGUUUAAUUACCGUUGCCUCAAAAGCUUGUGGUACGUAGUCAGUUAAAUAUAUUAAAGGUUUUUUUUCAAAGUUAAUCUUGUUAACAUAAUGAAUCUCAAGAUUGGCUAUGACCCACAGAGAUGAAAUCCCUGGAACCCCACCAGUCAGGUAGAAACGCCUUGGCUUAGAGGUGAACAUAGAGAAGCAACAGCAAGUCUUUACCAUUUAUACAUAUAUGAGUGGGAAUCUUCACAGAUGCAGGAGAAGUCAUAAUUCUUACAAGGCAACAAGAACCACACAUAAUGUAAUGUUGAAUUUAUGAUUGUGCUGCAGUAGUCUGUAGGAAUAUUCAGCUGACUGUAUAAAUAUGAAAUGUGCAUUAACAAAUAAAUCUUUUCAAUCAAUUAA